GUAUCCUAGUGGUCAACGCAGAUGACACUCUUGUUCGUGACUGGUUGUUGUCCACUAAAAAGAUAUCCAUCCAUUCAAUCCAUAGCAUCUCAAAUCUUACAACUCUUGCCAUUAUUCCACAUAAUCAUAACCAGACUCAUAUACCUUUCUUCUCUGCAGAAACAAUUUGUUGCAGAACAAACACAGCAAAUCCAUGGCGAGUUGGGCUGCAUCAGGGUUGGUCUCACCUAAUGUUCUUACCUCCAACACCAACACACAUAAGACUACUAGCAUGCCGAUGUUCUCUCCCAAGAACGCCGCCAUCCCCAGGCGGCUUGUUGUUCUUAGGGCCUCCGAUGAGACUGCACCGCCCGCUGCCUCCGCCGGUGAAGCUCCGGCUGCUAAGGCUGCCAAGAAACCUGCGAUUGGACCCAAGAGAGGAGCUAAGGUGAGAAUUCUAAGGAAGGAAUCUUACUGGUACAAAGGCGUCGGAUCAGUUGUUGCGGUUGAUCAGGACCCUAAAACUCGGUACCCGGUGGUUGUGCGGUUCAACAAGGUGAACUAUGCAAAUGUAUCGACCAAUAACUAUGCAUUGGACGAAGUCGAAGAAGUCGUAUGAGAUGAAGCUCAUGUCUUGUUGUAAUAUUUUGUCUUGUGUGAUUAUUAUGUAUUCUGAAGUUCGGAUGCUUGAUGGCUAGUUCUACUCUAAAUGGUGUAUCAUACUUCUCAGAGUUGGCCUCCACCCCUUUCACAUAUACUCUCUUUCAUCUAUCUGGUCAAAAUUCUAGACACUAGAGUAAUAGAGUUCAUACGAAUGACCAACUAUCAGCUUUAGUUUUAAGGAAUGUAAACUUUGCUAUAUGGAGAAGAUGAAAGAGCAAGUGCCCAUUCAGUACUACCUGUUUAGCUUAUCAUCUUUUUCUGACAUUAAGAAAUUUAACUGCAAUAA